UCAGUUUAGGUCGAGUGAGAAAAAUAUGAAAGAUCAUUGAAAAUAUAUUAAUCCCAAAACACACACUCCUGUAUUGGAGUAGAAGUAAAGAGACAUUAUAAUUAACGGCUACAGAUGUUUAUAUUGAUCGUAGACUCUACGUAAAAAUGGAUCCAGAAAUGAAGCCAAAAUUUCCCUGAUACGAACGCUGCCAUCUUACUGCGAUGAUGUCAUUUGGAGCCAGAUAUCUGCACUGUAGCGAUCAGGAGAAGGAGCCGUGUAAUCGGGGUCCCUUCAUUACAGGCGCUCGACCAAUCGCAAGUCAGUCUCAGCCGUCAAUCAUGACGUUUCUCCCCAUUUGUAUAGCAUGUAAUGAACUAUUAAAACCAAACUGCACUUGAAGAUACAUCAAUGCGAAAACUAAAAUGACAAAAAACAUCUUUUAGAAAAAAACAUUAGGAAUUUUGACUUUAUUUUGGUCCAUGUCCCUUCUGUUAACGUGGAGGAGGAGAUUUAUGACAUACUGCAGCCACCCACCAGGGGACGGUCGAGACACUCUGGCUUCACUUUGUCACUUUGCAGUUGUGUGUUUCUCAGAUAUCAUUUACGUGGUAGUCAGUUACAAAUGUUCGACGUAGGUGUCAGAUCUGAUUAACAAAGGGCAACAGCUUCAUUUCCUGAAUGCGAAUCAAGUGUGAAGUCGUGUUAUGAUGUGGUGGUUUGCACACAAGAGUUUCUGCAUUAUAUGAUGAAUGAAUGCCUGAACUGCCACAGCUUCAGGUAUCAACCCUGCAAACUAUGCUCUAAAUCACAAUUAUAUAUUUUCCACAUAUCUCCCAUUCACACAGACUUGUCUGUCAAUUUCCACACACUGAUUGGACACAUGCAUUUGUUAUUUGUUUGUGUUUCAGCAGGAUUACGCUAAAACUACUGAAAGAAUAAGGUAAGGGGUCAAGGAAGUACUUUUGUUAAUCAGCGGAGGUAUGCGCCUUUCAAGUGCCCUUCCAGUUUAUUACGUCUUAGUUGACUUAUUGCUUCAAGUAUGACCUCAUUUGGUUUUAAGGUGAUCAGGAAAUGAGUUUUACACGACCGUGUCUUAUUCAGACUAUUGUGUUAAUCUGGUUUCAAUCAGAAUAUUGAUGUUCAUGUGAAUGUAGCCACCGUUGCUUGUCGAGUUCUUGCCUUUCCACUGUGUCCACUUGCAUGUUGGGAAUGCACGACACAGAAUUUAGUUUUGGCCGUUAAAUAGCUUAAUCUUUAACAUUUGAAUGGGAAGAGUCUUUAAGCAGAGAGAGGCCUGACCUUGGGCAGAGGAGACGGACUGUGAGGAUGGCUUCAAAUUGGAUUUAUAUCCUCAAGGUCAGCUUUCGGACAUAUCACGAUCUAAUUAUUUUGACUUCUGGUCCACUUUUGGAUCUGUGGUCAUCGCUUCAGUUUAACACAAUAUGGAUAGGGCCAAGUUAGCCCAUGUUACACCAACUGAACACAAUUAAAAGAAUACAUCCCAACAAACAUAACUGGAGAUGCUUUUGAAACAGGCCACUGAAGUCCAUUUCAUUUUCAGUUAGGUAAAUUACAACUGCUUUGGAACUUCUAUUUAUCCUUCCUGUAGCCAUGAGCACUUGUUCCUGGGAGAAUAACUACCUCUGUGCACCAGUGUGUGCUACUGUGAAAUGUGCAGUGGGAGGUUCAGUGCAGGGGGCCAAGUUAACUUCUCCUUUUACCAUCCUGCUCCUCUGGACUUUGUGCCUGCAGCGGUGUGCUGACGGUCUGUGCUCGGUCAGAAGAGUGAGCUGCAGCGGUCAGUCAUGGCGAAGGCAUCGGGGCAGCACCUGGUCUUGGAGAACUUCAUCGGAGGGAAGUUUGUGUCCUGUCGGAGCCACAUCGACUCCUUCGACCCGUCCACCGGGGAGGUGUACUGCCAAGUCCCGGACAGCGGCAAGGAGGAGGUGGAGGCAGCGGUGGCAGCAGCUAAAGAUGCUUUCCCCGACUGGUCCGCCCGCAGCGUGGAGCAGCGAGCGCAGGUCCUCAACAAGCUGGCCGACCUGAUCGAUUCCCAUCUGGAGGAGUUCGCCCAGGCGGAGUCCAGAGACCAAGGUAAAACAGUAACAUUUGCUCGGACUGUGGACAUUCCCCGAUCAGCGCACAACUUCCGCUUCUUUGCGUCGUCGGUGCAGCACCACACCACUGACUGCAGCCAGAUGGACCACAUGGGCUGCCUCAACUACACCAUCCGCUGUCCAGUGGGAGUGGCGGGUCUGAUCAGCCCCUGGAACCUCCCCUUGUACCUGCUGACGUGGAAGAUUGCCCCGGCGAUCGCCAUGGGAAACACGGUGGUGGCCAAACCCAGUGAGAUGACCUCUGUGACGGCCUGGAUGCUGUGCAAGUUGAUGCAGGAGGCUGGCGUUCCCCCAGGAGUCGUCAACAUGGUGUUUGGCACUGGUCCGAGAGCGGGCGACGCCCUCGUGGGCCAUCCUGACGUCCCAUUGGUCUCCUUCACUGGCUCCACAGCAACCGCCCAGCACAUCACAGAGCGCAGCGCCCCCUACUGUAAGAAGCUCUCACUGGAGCUGGGGGGUAAAAACCCUGCCAUCAUUUUUGCCGACGCAGACCUGGACAAGUGUAUCGAGACCACGGUUCGCUCCAGCUUCUCCAACCAGGGAGAAAUCUGUCUGUGCACCAGCAGGAUCUACGUAGAGAGGAGCAUCUACUCUGAGUUCCUGGAAAGAUUUGUGGCUGCAGCUAAGAAGUGGAAGACCGGCGUGCCCUCUGACCCCAGCAGCCACAACGGGGCUCUCAUCAGCAAAGAGCACCUGGAGAAGGUGCGAGGCUUCGUAGCGCUCGCCAAAUGCGAGGGUGGCGUCGUCCACUGUGGCGAGGGAGUCGACCAGCUGGACCUGCCCGAGAAAAACAAAUCCGGCUACUUCAUGCCGGCCACCGUCAUCUCAGGCAUAUCCGAGAGAUCUCGCGUCACGCAGGAGGAGAUCUUUGGCCCCGUCACCUGCGUCAGCCCCUUCGACACAGAGGACGAAGCUGUCUCCAAGGGCAACGGCGUGCGUUAUGGCCUGGCCGCCACCGUGUGGUCCCAAGACGUGGGGAGGGUUCACCGGGUGGCCAAGCGGAUACAGGCGGGUUUAGUGUGGACCAACUGCUGGCUGGUGAGGGAUCUGAACCUGCCCUUCGGAGGGAUGAAGCACUCUGGUGUGGGGAGGGAGGGAGGGAAGGAUUCCUACCAUUUCUUCACGGAGGUGAAGAGCGUCACCAUCAAACACUAAUCGAUCAAACGAGAGAUUUUAAAGAAAAUACACAGACGAGUAAAGAUCCAAAGAAAUGUUUAGCAAAGAGGAAAUGCAUGAUGUUAAACAUUAUAACUAUUAUAACAGUGUAAACCAUAGACUGUAUAUAAAGAUGGACAACAUGGCAGCAUGACAUGAAAUACUGGACACAAAAAGAAAGUUGCAGAUAGUGCAGCCAGCCACCAGGGGGCGAUGACGAUCCUUUGGCUUUACUUUGGCGGGAGCCAUCAUGUCGCCCAUGUUUACUUACAGUCUAUGUCUGGGACCCUUGAACGACUGGACUUCAUUGUAAACCAGGCAAUAGCAGUUGAUGUAUAUCAGCUUGGACCAAGGUAGUGACCAACAGUUUGAUGGAUGAAGUUGUUGUUUAAUAAAAAUCUUCUACAAUU